AUGGUUGACGCCGUGCGCAACGCCACCGCCGGCGUGAAGGCCGGGCUCAUCCGCCUCUUCUUCCAUGACUGCUUUGUCCAGGGUUGCGAUGCCUCUGUCCUGCUGAACAAUGUCUCUGGCAAGCCUGAACCGGAGAUGCUUGGUAUCCCAAACUUGAGCAUGCGUGGCUUCGAAGUGAUAGAGGCGGCCAAGAAGAAGAUCGAGGAAAAAUGUCCGGGUGUCGUCUCCUGCGCCGACAUCGUUGCCUUCGCAGGCCGUGACGCCAGCAAGUUACUCAGCGGCUACAAAAUAAACUUCAACAUGCCGGCGGGCCGCUACGACGGAUUGGUGUCCCUCAAAGACAAGACCCUCCCCAACCUGCCCCCACCCUUCGCCAACCUCACUACCCUCACACAAAUGUUCGCCAAGAAGGGACUCAGCCAAACCGACAUGGUUGCGCUUUCCGGCGCGCACAACAUCGGCCGCUCGCACUGCUCCUCCUUCCGCGACCGUCUCCAGCCACCGGCCAACGACAACUCCACCACGUCGAUGGAUGCCACGUACGCUGGGAAGCUGACCCAGGACUGCCCCGCCGGGAAUGAUCCCACGGUGCCGCAGGACUACAAGACCCCCGACGUGCUGGACAGCCAGUACUACAGGGACGUGAUGGAUCGCAAAGUGCUCUUCACCUCCGACGCGACGCUCAUGACGUCACCAGAGACCAAGGAGCUGGUGGAAAAGUACACUUGGUGGUUGAUCGGAGAUUUCUUGUGGUACAGACAUUUCGAGGAUGCCAUGGUGAAGAUGGGCAAUAUCGAGGUGAAGAACAACACCAACGGCCAGAUCAGGAAGAAGUGCGGGUUUGUCAACGAGCCCUAUACCGGUUAA